GCGUGUAGUAGUUAAAUGGAACGUGGAAGGGAUAACAUGGCCACCGCCUGGUGACGUUCGUUAGCCAUCACCGUCGCGAGUCGCGAGUCCGCGAUAUCAAAUGGUACCGAAAAACAGCUGGUGAACAAAAAUCAUCGGAAGUUGGAUAAUUUUCGGGCGCGGGGUACGCGUAUAUCGAUAUUCAACGUACAGUGCGAGAUACGAUGAUGAACAUGUGGAAGGUGCGAGAGCUGAUGGACAAGGCGACCAAUGUAGUUAUGAACUACACGGAAACAGAAGCCAAAGUCCGGGAGGCAACAAACGACGAUGCCUGGGGCCCAACUGGGGCGAUGAUGCAAGAACUGGCUCAGGCUACAUUCACGUACGAGCAAUUUCCCGAGGUAAUGUCCAUGUUGUGGAAAAGGAUGUUGCAAGAAAAUAAACGGAACUGGCGUCGAACUUAUAAGUCUCUUCUACUGUUAAAUUAUCUAGUUCGCAAUGGUUCGGAACGAGUGGUCACGUCGUCUAGGGAACACAUUUACGACCUUCGGUCGUUAGAAAAUUACACCUGCAUCGACGAAUUUGGAAAGGAUCAAGGAAUAAAUAUCAGGCACAAAGUACGAGAGUUGAUCGAUUUCAUACAAGACGAUGACAAGUUACGAGAUGAAAGGAAGAAGGCUAAGAAGAAUAAAGAUAAAUACGUGGGCUUGUCGAGCGAAGCGAUGGGCAUGAGAUUCGGUGGCGGAGACAGGUGGUCGGAGAGGCUGAAAUGGGACAAGAAUAAUCCAAGUAACGCGGACAAUUACAACGAAUGGGAUCGGGAGAGUAGAGGGAAAGGUUUCGAGGAUACGAAUAAUAGCGACGACGGCGAGAGAGAAGAUUCCGAUAACGAUGUUCAUCCGAGUCCGAGGAGAGGAGGCAGGGAAUACAGAGAUACAAUGGAGAGUAUAGAUCGAGUCAAUAAAACUACCACGCCUACAGCUUGCACAAAUCCAUCGCCGGCGCGGACGACUAGGACAAUUAAGAAGGUAGAUUUAGGAGCCGCUGCCAAUUAUGGAAGAGAACAGAUGAACAACGGUGUAACUGCAUCGCAAACUAACGUCGUGUCCGAAAAUAAGAUGAAUAAAAACGACAUUUUGCACGACAUUUUCGAUUCUCAAAACGAAAAUAACGCGAAAUCCAUCGUCGACGAGGACGACGAUUUCAAUCCAAGAGCGAAUACUCAACCUAACGUGCAAACUCAAAUCGCCAACACUGAAUUCGGGGAUUUCACUAGCGCGUUCGGCAGUUCUACCGUGAAAACGAAGAACAGCAACGACGAGUUCGCCGAUUUCACGUCUGCGUUCAAUUCCUCGGUGACGAUAUCUAAUCCUCCAACGGUGCAGCCGCAACUGCCGCAAGCGCAAAUUAAUUUAAUGGGAGCGACAAUACCAAAUGUUAAUAAUUCCAUGCAGGAUAUUGUAAAUAAUAGCCAAACGGUGAACUCGCCUUCCUUCGCACCAAUCGCCCAUUUGAAUACACAGAAUUCGAACGUGGGUGGAAAUCUGUUCGACACUUUCCAAUCGCAACCGCUUUCGAACCAGCAGGUGUUAAACAACAACAUAGCUCCUUCGAACACGGACCUUCUAUCAGACUUAGAUAGCUUAAAUGCGGAGAGGCGAAUAAGCAAUACCAACAAUUCUAAUCUAUUUAUGAACAUGAGUUCAAUGCCUGCGGCGACUAGCCCUGGAGCAACCAAGAUGGAAACUUCAGCUGAAAAUCUUUCGAAACGUACCGCAACACGAGUCUUGGAAGAAUUGUGUUCGAUGGGUUCUAUCAAAAGUCAGGGUAGUUUGGAAAAGCUGAAAUCGUGUAUCUCCGAAUAUGCCGAAUUUUUACCCGGCCCGGUUACACCGCAGAAAUUCUGCGGCCUCGAUUUCGACACGGAAAUCGAUCCUCUAUUGCAUGGGAAAAUUUUAGAAGAAGUUAUCGAUAAGUUCGAACAUAAUUGGCCGUUAAGAGAAGGCCGUUUAGAUAAGACAAUCAGAGACUUGAUGAUUAUCGACGGUGCCACUUUACCAAUAUUAGCCGAGACUUUAAUCGCCUUGUCCUUCGCUCUGAAGGAAACUGACGACGAGACAAAAAUUCUUUCCAUUUCAAUGAUUUUGCAGGAGUUGAUGAAAAGCGAUUCUUUGUUCGCCGCAAUAACAGACGCCUGUAAACAUCGGACUCGGAAUACCAUCGAAAACGAAGAAUUCAACGAAGUCACGCGAGACACGAUACAAAAUUUAGUCUCGUUACCGAAUCGAGUAGCGAAUAAAUUAAAAAGCAAAACGUUCGAUUGUUUCCUACCUCGAACGUAUUUCAAAAUGAUAAGUUUUCACGUUGCUCGAGCGAUAUCUUUCCUCAACACCAGUUCUCGUUACGGCGUUAAAAUAGAAUUAAAAUUCCUAUCGACUCUAAUUAGUAAAUUGAUGAAAAUUACAAAUUCAGAGAAUUUUCUACCUUUUGCUAAUAUUCUUGGGGAAUGGGCGUCGGAGAAUAAAAAUAAUGAAAGAGAAUUAAUUCAGAAUAUACUUAAAGCGCUGGACACGCCGAGCAUAGAACCGAUAGCUGUACUAUUUCUUAAACAUCAAAACGUGAAUUCUACAAUUCACCCAAUUCUUGGCGACGCGAUCUCAAAUUCAAAUUGGGAAUACACAUUGACUACGAAAAUUCCUCUAAUGUGUUAUUACAACGACGAUAAUGUAGUAAUAAAUUUGGUCUCAUAUUUGGAACAGUUUUUACCAGAGAAUCGAAUUCUGAUCGAAUUGCUAGUAAAACUUUUACAUGUUUGGAGUGAUAAAAGUGCUUUAAAUCAUACCGGAGUGGAACAACAUAAAUAUGUGACGAAAUUGAUAAUUCUUAGUCUAAGAAGAUCAAGAAUUCACUUGAACAAAGGUGAGAAGGAUAAUAUUCAAAGAUUAGUAUUCUCCGGUGUGUUUACUCAUUUAGAAUCUACGCAUAUCAUUUUAAGAGCGAUAGGAAUGUGCGUCGGCGAAAUUUCUACGGAAACGUCUGAACCGGAUGCGCCAAAAUUGUCCUUCGAAUACGACGGUAUGCCCAACGACGUACAAGAUUUAGUCCACUGUUUGAAAGGUUUCGAUUUAUCAAAUAGGAAGGCAGAAUCGGAGAAAGAAGAGGGUGAAGAAUUAAUUAUAGGAAAUAUUGAGUUCAAUUCGCUGGCCGAUAAGAAACUCUACGAACUGGGCGUCGAAUGCAACAUUUUACAAGAAAUAAACUUGGAGGUAAAUGAUGAUAAAAACGAGAGAAUUUCAGGAGUCGCCGAUUCGGAUAAAUUAAUCACUCGAGAUAAACAGAUGUCGAGAGAUAACGUCGGUGGGAAUGAGAGUGGCUCGGAAUUGGACAGUGACGAUGAUUUGGAACCGUACGAUAUGUCUCACGACACGAAGGAAAACGAGAAAUACCGACCGUCCUAUCUGCGAGAUUUCCGCGACAAUUUGGUAAACGAAAAUACUUGCACGGAUCCGAAUAUCUUCUCGGAGUCGUUGAAGGCCUCCGAGCAGCUGAUAUUAUCUCAAUUACCCAGCGACGAUGUGUCGUUCGCUGUUGAAUUAUUAGAGAUUCUUAUUACUCUCAGGGAAACUUGUUACGUGGAGAAUUUCGAUGAAUUAAAAUUCAGAUCUUGCGUGGCCAUAACGACGAUUUACCCCAAAGAAUGCGUCGAGUUUUUAUGCAAACAGUUCUACUUGGAAAUCGAUAAAUAUUCCGUGGGCGAGAGAUCAUUCUUUCUCGACGUGUUAGCGGAGUCUGCGAGAAGAUUGUCGUCUAUCCCGGUUCGUCAAGAUAAGCGAGAUGUUGUCGAGGUGGCGAGGACUGAUCAUAGGAAGAGAGCAGCUACGGGCAAAGUAUCGCUUUUCAUCGACACUGAUAACACGAAACGGUACACGGUUCUAAAUACCGAUGAUGUUUAUGAUUUCGAAGCACCGGUCAAUGAUCAGGUCGAAGAUUGGCGUGAAAUCGUCGAUAAGAGGAUCGAGUCGAAUACGAGAAGGUUUGCGCAUAGUACGAAGCUUCCUAAAACGUACGAGAAUAAAUUCGCCAAUUUUGCAACCUCGUUUUUCUAUCCGUUGCUGUAUGGUUUUGGUAAACAGGGCACUUGUUUGUAUAGCGGGUUACAAGUUUACACGGAUCAACAGAACAUUUUACUGAUUCGAUUUUUGAAAACCGUGUCCACUAUAAUGGUAGCGGCUGAGAAUUGCGUGUCCGUUUCGAAAAUGGGCAAAGAAGUAUUGGAGAUGUUAUGGGCUUUGAGGUAUCACGACGAGGCAAAAGUUAGGAUGGCGGUGAUAGAAAAUGUUGCAGCCGUGCUAGUCGCGGUGCCUAACGAUUCUAUUAAAAGCGAGCUAUUCGAAUCUAUUAUCGAAAUAAGAUUGUGGCUGUUAGGUUUGUUUCAAAAUGUAAUCACCGGGGAUCAAGACAAAGAGUGUAGAAAUCUAGCUGCUAAAGUGGUGUCUCUAAUCGAUUCCAUUAUAGGCUCGUUAGUGUUCGAUACAUAAUUACCAACAGAAUGUUGACAAAGCGAUCAUUUUUCCAUUACGGAGACGUGCCAGUCUAAAUGCUUUUAAUUGUGUAGGACUUUAUACCUUUUCGUAGAGUUUUAAUUCAUUCGUUGCCUACUGAAAGUACAAUUUUUGUUACAUGUAUCAUUUAUCAAAUUUAAGUACUACAAGCAUAUUUCAUACGUCAAAUAAACAGAAGUUAAAACAUAAUUCAAUGAUAGCUUCUAAUUUUA